ACAGUAGAUGUAGGACUUGUUGCUGCCUGUAGGGGCGCACCUGUCUUCCGGUUAGCCUCUUAAAAUUUCACCGGAGCCACACACGUCUUUCUGAACAGCGCCCGCUAAUAUCAAUUUUCUCCGAUAAUGGACGCGGGAUUCUUCCGCGGCACAAGUGCGGAGCAAGACAACCGUUUCAGCAACAAGCAGAAGAAACUGCUGAAGCAGCUGAAAUUUGCAGAAUGUCUGGACAAGAAGGUGGACAUGACCAAAGUGAACCUGGAAGUCAUCAAACCUUGGAUUACUCAGCGAGUGACAGAGAUUCUGGGGUUCGAGGAUGACGUCGUCAUAGAGUUCAUUUUUAACCAGCUUGAGGAGAAGCACCCGGAUAGCAAGAUGAUGCAGAUCAACCUGACGGGCUUCCUGAAUGGGAAGAAUGCCCGGGAGUUCAUGAAGGAUCUAUGGCCCCUGCUGCUGAGUGCCCAGGAGAACAUUGCUGGCAUCCCCUCUGCUUUUCUGGAACAGAAGAAAGAGGAAAUUAAACAGAGACAGAUUGAACAGGAGAAGCUUGCUUCUCUGAAGAAGAUUGAUGAAGAUAAGAAGGAAAAGGACAAGGACAUCAGAGAGAGGGCUCAGUCCAAAAGCCCAAGGAGGCGGAAGACAAGGUCACCGUCACCACGACGAAGGUCGCCAGUGAAGCGGGAAAGGAAACGUAGUGCUUCGCGCUCCCCGAGACGCAAACCCAGCCCAGCUGGUGGCAGUUCACCCCCUCCACCCCUGAUGCAGUUGCCCGCAAAACCUUUGGAGCUGCUUGUGGAGCCAGAAAUUUCAGGAAGAGCCAUGCCAGAAGCAGUCAUCCCAGAAGCACCGUCCGCCUGUGACACAGUUGUGGAGGUGGUGAAAGCAGACUCUGUGACUGAAGUCAAAGAACCUUCACCAGAGAAGACUCAAAAGAAAGAGGACAGGCCCAGGUCCCGGGAAAGGGAGAAGGACAGCAGGAGGGAAAGACCUCACCACCGCUCUCGUUCUCAUUCCCGCUCUCGCAGGCGACGUUCCCGUUCGAGAUCUUACUCCCCUCGGAGAAGACAAAGUCCCAGAAGGAGGAUGUCUCCUCGGAGGAGGAGCCCCCCCAGACGUGGGCCCACCGGCCCCAGACACAGACAUAGACGCUCCCCUGUCCGCAGGAGGCGCUCUCGCUCUGCUUCGUCCUCUGGCAGCAGCUCCUCUGGCUCUCGCUCACCUAAAAAAGCAAUGAAAAGAAUAUCCAGCACACCACCCCGAAAACCAGUCCAUCAUCCUGACACCUCCAUUAGCCCUUCUGGGAAGGACAAACGAUCACCAUCUCCACGGGCCAGAAGGGGCAGAGGCUCUCCAUCACCAACGAGAUCAUCCGAGGAGGAUAAAAAUGAGAAAGGGGCAACAGCAGAUUCGGUGCAGCAGCGGCGUCAGUAUCGCAGGCAGAAUCGACAGUCGUCUUCAGAUACAGGGUCUUCCUCCUCAGAAGACGAAGGGCCCAAGAGGCUGGCAGCAGGGCCAGGUGCCAGAAACGGGGAAGUCAGGAGGAGACGUAGCCGUACUCCAUCUCCACGGAGGCGACACAGGGAUGUCUCUCCAAGAAAAAGACGUUCUCCAUCUCCUGCACGUAGACGUCGCUCCCCUUCUCCCCCACGACGUCGCAGAUCUCCCUCUCCUCCUAGACGAAGGUCUCCUUCCCCACUUCCCCGUCGUCGUUCUCCAUCCCCCAGACGAUAUUCUCCCCCUAUCCAGCGGCGCUACAGCCCUUCACCUUUGCCACCACAGAAGAGGAGGAUGUCUAGCUCUCCCGCAAAACGCUCUUCUCCAACAGCCAAGCGACGCCCCUCCAGGUCCCCCAAGCGCAGAAGCUCUCCUGUUCCAAGGAGACGCACACCUCCAUCCUCCUCAUCUCCACCCAGACACAGGAGGAGCCCAAUGUUGCCUUCUGUCAGGCCAAGCAGGGAUACGCGGUCCCCCGGUGCAGCAGCCAACCGCCUCUCCCCGUCCCCUGCAAACCGCAGUCGCACUGUUAGGGGGUCCACAAGUCCUCAAGGACGGUUUGAAACCUCCGGUUCAUCUCCAUCUAACCAACGGAGACAGCAGUCCCCUUCACACAGUGGCAAACCCAUCCGCAGAGUGUCCCGCACCCCAGAGCCACGCAACAACCAGAGACCAUCUCCGAGUCCUCAGCCUAUGAGAAGAGCAUCCUCCAGAUCCAGAUCUGUUUCCCCUCAACCAGCAGCUCAGAAACGUCCAGCCCCUGCAUCUGCCUCUCCCUCACCAUCUCGCUCAGUUAGCGGGUCUCCACCACCAGCCAAAAAGGCCAGCAGUGGUUCCGGCAGUCAAUCCCCCAGCAAGAAUUCCGAUGUUGACGGCAGUGGAAAGAAAAAGAAGAAGAAGAAGGAAAAGAAACACAAGAAAGAGAAGAAACACAAGAAGCACAAGAAGCACAAGAAGGAGAAGAGUGGGGGCACUGCUACUGGAGAUGGACAAGAGAACCAGGGCGUGGAGGAGGAUGGAGAGUCAAGAAAGGAAUCAGACAGUGAAGUAGAGGACAGCUUGGAUGACUUGGAGAAGCACCUAAGAGAAAAGGCCCUGCGCUCCAUGAGGAAGGCCCAGAUGUCUCCCUCACAGAUGUCCUGAAAACAAGAGCCUUUCUCACUUUUGAAUUUUCCACUCACUCUUGAUGUUUGUCAUCAACCUGGUUCAGCUUUAGAAUGUACAAAUUGUUAAAUCUUGAGUCUUUUUUUUGUUUUCUUUUCUUUUUACUGGUUUGGUACAUUCUGAAGAGUGUGUUUCAUUAAGAGCUUGAUUUGUCAGUUAGUGUAUUAUCUAAACUGUAAAGAAGCUUGUGUUGUCCAUAAUUUUAAAUUGUUGAGCAGGGGAACAGUUUAAGGGGUUUCAGAGGUUUAAGUUGGGCAGGUUUCAAAUAUAUUCCACAGCCUACAGUAGAUUCGUUUGAGAAAUGAUUGCAUGUGCAGUGAUUGUCUCUAAUGUGCAUGAACCACUGACCUUAUGGAGUGUAGAGAUAAACCAACAUACAGUAACAUCCUGUUACUAUUGCCUUUUUAUUAGUGGAAACGGUUGCACAGCUGUGUGAACUGUUGGAGGCUGUAACAGAAUGUCUUGUCCCAUAUUGUAACUGAAUAGAGGUAUUUGGCAUUGUUUAACCUGCUGUUUUCUGACUUUAAAUUGGUCUUGUUUCAAGACUAAAACAAUAUGAUGUGAUACAGUUUGCUUUAAUUUUUCCAAAUGAAUUGAUAUGCAAUUUUAUGUUGACACCCUUGCACCAAGCUAAUUUCUGUGAGACUGCAAUAUGAUUUGUAUUUAGUACCCCUGGCUCUUGUCAUAUUGUCAUCCUUUCAGAAUUAAAACCUUUUUAUAGGAUGUGUGCUUUC